AUGAGGACACUUCCGUGGAAGGAAAAGGGAGGUUCAAGUACAGUAUCUCACCCGAAGAAAAGUAUCGCAUCAGUAGGCAGAUCUACAAAACGCUCUCGUGUUGAAGCUUCUCCAUCGGACAGCGAUGAGGGCUCCGACCAUCCGCGCAAGCAGAUCAGCCCCAAAAGUCAUAGUCGUGAGCCAUCCACAUCUCCGCUGCCAGAACCGCCGGUUGAAAGUUUUAUGAUAGAAGGUCGAGAGCAUGACGAUAAAUAUCGUAUGGUUGAAGAUGAGUUCUUGACCGUCGCGAAGUCAUUCACAGUUCAUCUACACACAGCUGAAUAUAAACGACUUGGAAAAAUAGCCAAAACGCGGAAUGCCGAUGCCAUCAAUUCCAUUUCAAGGCCGGUUGUCGGUAGGAUGCCUGAUGCAACCAGGCGUAAGACAGAAGAAGUUACAAGGUCGAAAGAUCAACGAAACAUUUUAGAGAAAUUGGUUGGUAAAAAAGAAGGGGGACUUUCUGAUGAUAGUGAUGAAGAAACUUUACCUUUCGUGGGGACUUCGCUUUAUGGCCUGAUGACAAGCCCGAGGAAACGGGGAGUAUCACUCAUGAGCAUUUCUUCCCCUACCAAAACAACAAGAGCAGCUGCGGGAUUUCGCAACCCUACCAAAAUGAAAGAUGUACCACGUGCGUCUUCUCCAGCUAUCAAACGCAAGACUCAAGCUGUAAAACUAGACCUAGAUUCUACAGCCUCUGAAGAUGAAGACGAUGACCUUGACGGACCUAUUUCUGCUCCAAAAUUUUCGUCCUCUAGACAAGAUACCCGGAAGGAUUUCGUGUAUAAAAAGCAGGAAGCCAGUUCGCCGACGGAACAAAAAAUAAAAGGCUCUACUGCGUUACCGAUUUCGAAGAGUCCUGCAACUCUCAAUGCCAACACGACUAAAUCUGCCAAAUCUCCGGUGGCCGGUUCGCCGUCUCAACCGUCUACUACUCAAGAUAGGAUAGCAAGACGAAUUGCGCAAGCGAAACUUAGAAAGCAGCAGGAAGAGGAAGACAAAAGGAAGCUUGACAUUAUAUCUACGUUCUUAUGA